UCCUUGUGGCUAGCUUUCCGCUGGUGUGUUCCAGACAGGAUCCAGGGCACCGACGAUGGCGAUGACGGCGCUGCUGCUGCUGGAGCUGGCUCUGUACGCCAGCUGCUUCGUCUGUGGGAUUGUUGCCGCCGCCUCCAUCACCAUAGUCCAGGGUAACUUUGGAGGCCGCUGUGUGCUUUAUGGACUGGUGAACUACAAUGCUACAGACAGCUCCAUCGCCGUCCAGUCCUCCAGCGCCCCGGCCCUCUGCUACUUUGUGUCGGCGACGUCGCUCGUGGUAGCGGUGGUGUGCUUCUCACUGACUCUGUACUGGCUGUACACUUGCUGCGUCGACAAGGACAUCAGAAGGGAGCGCGUGGGGAUGAACCUGAUUAUAGCUCUGAGCGGUGUCUUCCUGUUCUUCCUGCUCAUCACGGGGUGCAUGCUGAAGAUCGGACGGGACUCGCUCUGCAACUCUGUCAUACAGAACGUUCACAACGUCACCAGAUGUGAAGAGGCCCAGGCCAGAAAAUGGGCCAGUCCACUCAAUGGGGAAAGGUUCUACAGCAGUCUGUACAAAGCCGAGACAGCAGUGUGGGUCAACUUCUUCUUCUGGCUCAUCAUCGGGGUGCUGGUGCUCGUACAGAGGCGUCAGAGUUCAUUGCCGAAGGCGAUUGUAGGGGGGUAUGAAGGGUACGGCGGGCCAGCUGGAGGGCUUUUUGGUGAUGGGGGGGUGACGGCUGCAGAGACAGAGCCAUUUUUCAACAAUCCUGCAAGGCCACAGUGAGGACGGGUGUCACAGAGGACUUAGAGAAACACACAUACAUUAGCACAACACAAGAAUGUGUAAUUACAUGUGGGAAAAAGGGGAAAUACAGCUGGUGUAUGCUAUCUUGUAUUCCAGGGAAUACUCACACAUUUUGUGAGAUAACACAUGAUACUAAUCAGAGUAGCAUGUGAUACCGUUCGUUUGCCUAGGGUGUUGCAACACUUAGAUACAAUAGAAGCUGUGCCUCUCGACGAGGAUGGGAUUCGAACCCACGCGUGCAGAGCACAAUGGAUUAGCAGUCCAUCGCCUUAACCACUCGGCCACCUCGUCUGGCUGGCCUGGGAUCCUGAGCCAGCAGUACUCUAGAGCAUCUACGGAUGUCCAUGUGCAUGUACCCAUUUCCUAUAUUUACUUAUGAAAACCACGUCAGAUGUCUAACUACUGGGUCACACAGAAAUAUGUGUUUGUUUUAUUUUGUUCAUAAAAUGUAACAAGAAAUGGGAGAAUGCUAAUAGCAGGCUGUCAUUCUUUUUAUUUCAUUAAUGUGAUCCGAUGUAGUAUUUUGUAUGAGUUUGGCGGAUGUGUCCUACAUGUUUUCACUCAUUUUACAAUUAUUGUAGACUCUCGUUAACAGCUUCAGUAAAAAACAAACACAAAAGUAAAUCUUUGAGAAGGUAGGAUUCGGAUUUUCCACGAUGUGCCUAUGCCAGUUCUAUUUCUGUAUUUCUACUGUCUUCAUUCUUCUUUUGUAGUUAAUGAGUUGUUGUGACGUUGAGGCCAAUUGUCUCUGCUCUUCUCUUCAUUGCGUCUCAGACAGUUCAGUCUCACUAUGUGGACAAAGCACUGCUUGAAGAAGCACCUG